UAAUAAUGGCUGAGGAGAGCAUGGAUAUCUCGGAGAUACCAGAGGUAAUUAAGCGUGAUGUUAUUCAUCGUGAUGUUCUUCAUACUAGAAGGUGUUCUGCUGUCAGAAUAGGCAUCCCAGAUGUUACAGCACAGGCCAGCCAUCGUUAUCUCAGCCCUCCGAUGGGUUCCUGUCAUGACUUGUGCAAAUUUGGGGAAAGACGUACUUGUGAAACAAAGCCCUGGAAUUGCAAGCUGAGGACUGCUGAAAUGAAAGUUGGAGGCCAGGAUGUAGAGAAGACUGAAAUUUUAGCUGAGACAAGGAAAGAAUCAGAAGCUUGUUUUAGAUCCAUGAAAAUUACUGGUUCCAAAAGCAAGAAAUCUGAUGAAGCUAGUUUCAGAAAGAGAGAUAUGUCAAUAUCAUCCUUGAGCAAGAGGAAGACUGUCUCAUCGAAACAAGAUUCAUUUGGGUAUGGUGGCAGUAUAAAGCUGAAGAAUGUUAAGGGAAAGACUGAAACUUUUGCAUGGAUAAGAAAAAAAGAAGCUCCUUUUAAACCGAUUCCUGGCUCUGAAGGGAAGAAUCCUGAUGAAAAGACUGUCAAAAAGAGACAUGUGUCAUCCUUGAGCAAGAGAAAAUGUAGCUCUUCAAAACAGGCUCCAUCGCACUUGAACUCUGCUCGGUUCAGUUCAUAUUUUCCUCUCAAAAAGGGCAGUUCAAGCAGUAAAGGGACUUCUUCAUCGGAUAAUCCACCUGGAGUUCCAAGAAGCAGAAGGAAAGGGGAAUAUAGGAACAGUACAUGCUCUUCGGCUCAGAAAACCCUGCAGAGCACAAAAGGAUUUUCUUCUCUGAAAAGCCAAAAGAAAGUUCAGAAUCCAAAUACUAGGCGCAUUUAUUCAAGCACUACAAAGAAUCAAAAGAGUGUUAAAAAUCUGAAUUCCAGACACAUUCAUCCAACUACUCAGAAGAAUCAGAAGAAUGUUCAAAAUCCAAAUUCCAGACGCAUUCAUCCAAGCAGCACGGAUGUUCCAGAGAAGACUUUAUAUGUCAUUGAAUCAAGUUGUGAGAAAGGAACUGUUAGGCCUGUUGAAGAUAGCAUUCAUCCAAGUGACCUCUCUGCAUCAUCUGAGAACAAAAGCCUGGAAGAAGCUAAGAACAGGCAUCAUACUGAAAAUGGUACUGAUGCUAAUCAGCUUCCAUCUUCAACAGAUGAUAAAGGCUAUGAACUUGGAAAAUCCCAAGCUGAUGUUACACAAUCAUCCUUGCUUUCAUCCUCUAAAACAGGAAACAAGAUCAGGCCAAAAGGAGCUGCACUUAAAUUCAAUCAAAAGAACACUGCAGCACCUCGUAAGUUGAAGUUCAGGAGGGGAAAGGUGAUUGAACUUCAGCCCGAGGAUUAUACUCUGAAGAGACUUAAAUUCAGGCGACGUGUUCUUCUAGACAGGCAAAAUGGGAAAGGGAAUGGCCAAAAUGGAAACCUGGUGUGGUUGAGAGAAAGAGGUUAUGAAAAAGCUGCAUCUGCUACUGAGAUGAAACUGGAGCGUGUAUUAUUGAGACACAGGAAAGAGGACGCGCAGAAAGAACAGAGGGGUUUGUUCAAUUAUGUAAUUGAAGAGACUGCAAGUAGGCUGGUGAAAUCCAGGAAGAGUAAAGUGAGGGCUCUCGUCGGUGCUUUUGAAACUGUGAUUUCUCUGCAGGAUACCAAUCACCAUUGAAAACUCUGGUAGGCUAUUGAGUUGCCUGAGGAUUGCAUGAUUGUGAACAAGUAGUAUAUAAUGACUUGACUGCAAAAAAAUGAUGUGAGCAAACGCAGAAACUUUUGUAUACAUCAUCAGUUGGUGUGGGUUGUUUUUGCUCGGUGAUUUUUCUAGAGAGAAAAUUGAAAUUCAGUCUUGUUCUUCUAAUUCUGUUACUCAUCGAUGAUGGUUCGGUUUUGUAGAUAGCCAUAAAGAGAAAUGAGCUUCUCUGAUGA